UACUACGCAUGUCGGUACUGGUUCGUCCGUCCGUUCCGGGUCUCUGCUCAUCUUCUUCUCUCCCGCUUUAAUACAAGAAUCAUUCAGCAUGUUGAUCGUCGGUCUUACCGGCGGCAUCGCUUCCGGCAAAUCAACCGUCUCCAAACUGCUCUCUGAAAGACAUCAUCUUCCGAUUAUAGAUGCUGAUCUCAUUGCUCGCGAGGUCAUUGAGCCUGGCACAUCCGGUUACUCCCUCGUUGUCUCACACUUUGGCCCUGACCGCAUCUUGCAGGAAGACGGAGUAUCGCUCGAUAGAGGAGCUAUAGGUGAUAUCAUAUUUCAUGAUCCUGAGGAAAGAAAGUGGUUGAAUGGGGUCGUGCACCCGAGGGUGAAGAAGGAAAUGGUCAAACGGAUCAUAAGAUAUUGGCUAAAUGGGGAAUGGUGUGUGAUCGUCGAUGUGCCGCUAUUGAUUGAAGCGGGUAUGUGGAAGUGGGUGGGGGAUACUGUCGUGGUAUAUGUCAAUGAGCGUCUCCAGCUGUCGCGCCUCCUCGGUCGCCAAUCUAAUCCUCCUUUGACCCAAUCCCAAGCUUCAAGCCGAAUUGCAUCUCAGUUACCACUGUCGGCCAAGCUUUCCUACGCCACGUCUGUCAUUGACAAUUCCGGUUCAUUUUCAGACCUGAACGACCAGGUCGAUAGGACGGUUGCCAAGUGGAAGGCACAGCAAGGCGGAGAUUCAGGUUGGUGGUGGAGGGUUUGCUGGUUAGUACCGCCCGUGGGGCUAGCAGCUGGUGCAUUGAGCUUGCUAGCUGUUUGGAGGAAGGGCAAAAAAGACAGGAGGAGAGGGAGAGGAGAGGUCUCAAGGAGGGACAAUUCCGAGCAAGCAUCAGAAAGGAUAGAGCUCAUGGAACUGAAGGGGGGAAGACGGAGAACUGCGAGUGGGAGUGUCACGGACGAAGAAUAAAUGUUACAUUAUGGUAGUCACGUUAAAUGCUUGCAUUAAUGCAGGAUGAAAUGCUGCCCUGCAUUUUACGAAUGAUAAUGUCGCACAGUGGUGGUGUCGCUUCGUAAAUGUUGCAUGGCUGAUAUCAAACAGCCGCAUAUCGUAC